AUGUAUUUCUUACCAAUCCUAAGAUCAGUGAUACUCCUGAUCACACUUACCUGCCUCCUGGGAUCUCACUGUUCCUUUGCAGCCAACACCGGAGACUGGAAACCCAGGUCAAUAUAUCAGGUUUUUACUGACAGGUUUGCUAGGACAGACGGGUCCUCAGCAGCGCUAUGCGACCCAAAGGAAGGCGUAACGUGUGGUGGGACAUGGGGAGGAAUAAUCAACCACUUGGACUAUAUCCAGGGCAUGGGAUUUGAUGCGAUCAUGAUUUCGCCUGUUACUCAGAAUAUAGAUGGUAGUGUUGAGUAUGGAGAUGCCUAUCACGGCUACUGGCCCAAGAACAUCUAUGAACUGAACGAUAAUUUUGGAACCCGCCAGGAUCUUCUCGAUCUGAGCAAGGCCCUUCAUGAUCGAGGAAUGUUCUUGAUGGUUGAUGUCGUCAUCAAUAAUAUGGCAUACAUUACGAACGGUGGCAACCCAGACAAGGCCAUCGAUUAUUCAAUCUUCGUCCCUUUCAAUAGCGAAGAGUAUUUCCAUCCCUACUGCGAAAUUACUGACUACGACAAUUACGACAUUGCGCAAAAGUGCUGGACUGGGGACAAAAUUGUGCCAUUACCCGACCUGAAAACCGAGGACGACACCGUCACCCAGAUAAUGAAGACAUGGGUCGAGGCCCUCAUUACUAACUACUCGAUUGAUGGUCUUCGGAUAGAUGCUGCGAAGCAUGUGGAUACGAGGUACCUGAAUGAAGUCGUGAGCGCAUCAGGUGUCUUUGCGACGGGGGAGGUUUAUGAGAGAGAUUUGGAGACCGCUUGUGGGUAUCAGAGACACAUCCAAAGUGUCCCAAACUACCCUAUCUACUACGCCAUGAUCCAAGCGUUUGGCAACGGAAAUAUGACGGCGCUUGUAAGACAGGUAGAAGACGCAAUGCUGACAUGCAACGAUACCUUCGCUUUGGGUGCUUUCGCGGAAAACCACGACCUGCUGCGGUUUCCAUCCUUCAACAAGGACCUUUCGCUGGCUAAAAAUAUCAUCGCAUUUACUAUCCUUUCAGAUGGAAUUCCAAUGUUCUACCAGGGCCAAGAACAGCAUCUCUCAGGCGAUGGGACUCCUGCAAAUCGUGAGGCUCUUUGGCUUUCAAACUAUGACACGGAUGCCCCUUUAUAUAAAUUUACGGCCUUGGUCAACAAGAUACGUAAACAGGCCAUCCGCGUGGACCCCGAUUACCUUGGGCACCAAGUCUAUCCAUUGGCCGACAUGAACGGAAUUUCCUCGUUUCGUAAGGGAAACGAAGGCCGCCAUAUCAUAGCCAUUUACUCAAGCCACGGUGAAGAUGGAUUUAGCCACCAGUUGAGGAUCCCGAGAAGUGGUCAUCAACGCCUAGAGUUAACUGAAAUUACCACUUGUGAGAACUAUACCCUUGAUCACUGGGGUGCGCUGCAGGUGAAAGUGGAGAAUGGCUUGCCUAAGAUAUUUUUCCCUGCGAAUCAGAUGGGAGGCAGCGGGCUAUGUGGAUUUGGGGAUUGGCCUAUUCGCGGUUCAAGAACGAAAGGAAACGGCGUGUCGCCCAGUGAGGAAACGUCCUGGGUGACCGAAGUCCACGAAAAUCCUAAAUGGGGGAGGAGACCGGGUAGGCUGGGAUCAAGGCCGCCCGAUAAGCAGCAGAAGUCUAGGUCCAGAAGGGCGUGGAGCGACCCAUUGGGGUGUUUGUUUUUAUUUGCGUUGGUAGCAUUCCAUUUGACCUGCGGAUGAAGCCACAGUGUCGUACGGAUUGCGGAUACUCCUGGCGGUUUCAUGGUGUUUUUGGGGGUAACAAUCGGAUUUUUAUUUACUUGGUUUUGGGUUCAUUAGGGGAGAAGAAACGCUCUAUUAUUAGAGUAUGAUGCACUUUCUGCGUUUGGGAUAGUAUUUUAGUUUUGGAACUUGAUGGACUGAGCGGAGAUUGGUUUAAUUCCUCGUCUUUAAGGCCAAUUCCUCGAAGCUGGCCAGGUAUUAAAACAUGUCUAUAAAAACUGCGCCACCAAACGAACAAAGUCGAAAAGGCAGAAGGGCACAAACAACAAUCGCUGGGAGCCCCGGAAAUCAGAAAUGGCUUCAGAUGCAAAUUAACCAUUGGACGUUCCCCGCUCAGACCGAAUGAGUUUGUCCAGCCCGAGGGAAGCCUCCCCAUUGAAAUGACUCAUCUCAAAUAAAUGCUCCGUAAUAAAUACACGUAUUUAUCUUUCUUCAAAAUUCGGCGUUAAGUCCCUUAUCUCCGGUUGUUAUUUCCUCUCAUUCCCAAAAUCUGAACCAUCCGAAUGAAGAUGUUCAAGAAAUCCAAUUCGAGACUGAUGCUCUCGUUGACCACAUCCCUCUUUACAAGUCCGCGUUCGGCCAUACGAGCAUGGUAGAGAAUCUUCUGGAUAUCGUAGAGUGUAAAGCCGCCGAAGACCGCAAGACCACCGUACAGCCAGAUGCGCUCAGACCACAUGAGUGUUCGGGUGGCCGUGGCCGGGAGGACUAAGGGAGCGAAGCCGGAGAGGGCAACGACGCAGACACCGGCGAGCAGAGGAGCUCCGAGAUAUAGGUACUUCUCCUGCUUGGCGGUGGCACCGACAAAAGCGAUGGAACCCAUCAUGCCGACGGUGUAUAGGCCAGCGCGGGCAAGAAGGGCGGGCUGGAGGAACAUUAAUGGGGAGAGCACGGCGGCUUGUGCGAGGUUAAAACCGGCCCAGAGGGCAUAUU